GAUCCUGUUGAAUGGAAUGCAGUAGACAAUUUGUCUUGUCUAUUCUGUUUUGUGAUAGGAGCAUUACUAUGAUCCUCAAAGUGGACAGGGGUACCUGGCCUACCGAUUGAAAACCGUACAGCGGAACACUGCAAGCAACUUCAGGAGAACCUCUGAGUCUGCUCAUCAGUGUGGCCCCAAAACUCUGAGGCAGACAGAAACAUCUGACCAGCUGUUUGGGGAUGAUUGCACAGAAGCGAUUUCCAUAAUGAAGCAUUCGUCAAACCCAGAAGUCAUCAAGGAGAAAAUGAAGGCAACAUUUCAACAUAGACAGAAACUGCUGCAUGAUCUGGAGCAGUCAUCAUUCAUCUUGGAUCACUUCCCAAGAUUCUUGGAUACACCAGGCUUAAUCGAGCAGGACUUCAUUAGGCUCUUUGGGGAAGACAUCUCUGGAAAGUUCAUUGCAAGAUGGCCUACAUUCUACAAACCGAGGGUCAUCACUGUCAGCAAAAGCCUUCGACAGAGUUCUCAUCUGGAUGAGCUUCUGUCCGCUCAGGAGGAAUCAGGUGAAUAUGAAUGGGACAGAGACUUGGCAGCCAUUCUCCUGCUGGUUCAUCUCUUGCCUCCAACUGCAAAGGGGAAGAGACAGGGUAAAAUCAGUGCACCUGAGGCAGCUGACCGUGUAGUCAAGUUCAUGAAGGCGGGGACAAGCUUUACAACAUUCCUUGCCAGAGUUGGAUCUACACAGCCCUUCCUCCUUUGUGUGGGAGAAAAUAAGAGCACUAUCCAGAGGUUUUAUAUCAUCCUGGAUCAGAAGCCUAUUCCCUGUGUGGCACAGACUGCAGUGGCUGCUUUCGACAAACUGUUUAAGGCACACUUUGUGUUUGCUGUGUCUUACGAUGCAACCCUCCUCAACUUCUACACAUUCAUCCAAACAACGGUUUAUGGCAUUGACGUGGCCACAGCAAAGGAGAGCCCCAGAGUCAAAGAAAUCAGAGUGAGGAUUAACAACAUUUGAUGUUAACCUGUUAUGUCUGUAAAGUUCAGCUCAGAAAUUGUU